AUGGCCAGAGGCAUCACUGGACUCAAGGCAGUAGGAACAUCAGGCGCUGGCUGGAUUCCGCAGCCAGGACAAGUAGGAGCCGUUUCCCACCCGUCGCCGCCGCCGAUGGAGCCCCGCGCGCCCGUGGGCCGCCCGGCCGCGCCGCAGCCCUUGGCGGAGAGCCGCGCGCCGUGCGGGAGGCCGCAGCCCGCGCUGCCCAUCGAGCACGUGCGCGCGGCGCGCGUGGAGAAUGACUACAGCGAGCAGCCCGCGCGGCCCCGCGGCGCCCGCCUGCCCGCGCGCGGCCCCGCGCACGCCACGCACCCCUGGAUCUCCCUGGGCGGGCGCCCCGGCUCCGUGAGCAGCAGCGGCAGCGCCUCCUCGGAGCAGCGGUUGCUGGAGCACGGGGCACCGGGCGCCGCGCCGGGCUCCCCGCGCCGCCCGCCCGCCGCCUGCAAGGCCGCCGAGCUGAAGGCGGCGGCGGCGCCGGAGCCGCACGCGCUGCUGUGCGAGGCGUGCGGCAAGUGCAAGUGCAAGGAGUGCGCGGCGCCGCGGGCGCUGCCCUCGUGCUGGGUGUGCCGGCAGGCCUGCCUCUGCUCYGCGCAGGGCCUCGUCAACUGCUCCACGUGCAUGUGCCUCGUCAAGGGCGUCUUCUACCACUGCGCCGAUGAGGACGACGAGGGCGCGGGCGCCGACCAGCCCUGCUCGUGCGCCCAUGCCGACCGCUGCGCGCGCUGGUCCUUCAUGAGCGCGCUCGCCCUGCUGCUGCCCUGCUUGCUCUGCUACCUGCCGGCCACCGGCUGCGUGAAGCUCUCGCAGAGCUGCUACGACCGCCUGCGCCGCCCGGGCUGCCGCUGCCGCCACACGAACAGCGUCCUCUGCAAGGAGCCCCCGGGCGGCAAGGCCGCCAGCGCCGACAAGCCCUUCUGA